AUGUAAUCCGACCCGAAAACUCCAAAGUCCGAACCCAAUAAGUCCAUGACGGAGCCAAUCUGGCUGGUCAAAACCAACUUUCAAAUCAAGAAUGACAAACGUUUACCGCCUAAGAACUCCUCUUCAUCACCUUCAAUUCAAACUUUCAAGACUCUCCAAUGUAUCACACUUACAAAACAAAAACAGGCUUUUUUCAAGCUUUAUAGAAGGAACCAAAACCUCUAUUAUUUCCUACACAAAGCUUCUUUCACAGCUUUCCCAAACUAAGUCUUUAACCCCAGGUUUUCAAAUCCAAGCCCAUUUAACUAAACUUGGAUUAACCAAUGAUUCUAAACAUAGGAACCAUUUAGUUAAUUUGUACUCUAAAUGUGGUGUUUUUCACUAUGCAUGGAAACUGCUUGAUGAAAGUCCUGAACCAGAUUUAGUUUCUUGGUCAUCUUUGAUUUCUGGUUAUACAAAGAAUGGUUUUGGUAAAGAUGCUAUUUGGGCUUUCAUAAAAAUGCAUUCUUUAGGUCUUAAAUGUAAUGAAUUCACUUUUCCUAGUGUUCUUAAGGCAUGUUCUAUUGAGAAAGAACUCUUUUUGGGUAAGCAACUUCAUGGGGUUGUUGUGGUUACGGGUUUCGAUACUGAUGUUUUCGUCGCGAAUACUUUGGUUGUUAUGUACGCGAAAUGUGGGGACCUUGUAGAUUCUAGGAUGUUGUUUGACGAAAUCCCCGAAAGAAAUGUUGUUUCUUGGAAUGCUUUGUUUUCUUGUUACACACAAAAUGAUUUUUUUAGUGAGGCGAUGUGUAUGUUUCGUGACAUGAUUGGUAGUGGAGUUAGGCCUGAUGAAUAUAGCUUAUCUAACAUACUGAAUGCUUGUACUGGGUUAGGAGAUAUUGUUGAAGGAAAGAAAAUUCACGGAUAUUUGGUGAAGCUCGGGUAUGAAUCUGAUCCUUUCUCAUCGAAUGCACUUGUCGACAUGUAUGCAAAAGGGGGAGAUCUUAAGGAUGCCGUUACUGUUUUUGAGGGAAUUGUGGUACCAGACAUUGUUUCGUGGAAUGCUAUUAUUGCUGGUUGUGUUCUUCAUGAAUGUCAAUGCCAGGCUAUAGAUAUGUUGAAUCAGAUGAGAAGGUCAGGAAUUUGGCCAAAUAUGUUCACAUUAUCGAGUGCUCUUAAGGCUUGUGCUGCACUCGAGCUCCCUGAGUUGGGUAAAGGGUUACACUCUCUUUUGAUAAAGAAAGAUAUCAUAUUGGAUCCAUUUGUGAGUGUUGGUCUUAUUGAUAUGUAUUGCAAGUGUGAUUUAACCAAGGAAGCGAGGUUGAUCUAUGAUCUGAUGCCCGGGAAGGACUUAAUCGCGUUGAAUGCUAUGAUCUCUGGUUACUCGCAGAAUGAGGCAGAUGAUGCGUGUCUAGACCUUUUUAUUCAGACAUUCAACCAAGGAAUUGGAUUUGAUCAGACAACUUUACUUGCGAUCCUCAACUCUGCUGCAGGCUUGCAGGCUGCCAACGUCUGCAAACAAGUCCAUGCACUCUCUGUGAAGUCGGGAUUUCUUUGUGACACCUUCGUCAUAAACAGUCUUGUUGAUUCUUAUGGAAAAUGUAACCAGCUGGAUGAUGCAGCUAGAAUUUUUGACGAGUGCCCUAUUCUGGAUUUGCCCUCUUUUACCUCUCUCAUAACAGCUUAUGCUCUACUUGGUCAAGGUGAAGAAGCAAUGAAACUUUAUCAGAAGUUACAGGACAUGGGCCUCAAGCCAGACUCAUUUGUUUGCAGUUCUCUUCUAAAUGCAUGUGCAAAUCUAUCAGCGUACGAACAGGGGAAACAAAUGCAUGCUCAUGUGUUGAAAUUUGGGUUCAUGUCAGAUGUGUUUGCUGGUAACUCUCUAGUUAACAUGUAUGCCAAGUGUGGAAGUAUAGAGGAUGCUAGCGGUGCUUUCCGUGAGGUUCCUAAGAAAGGUGUUGUUUCAUGGUCCGCAAUGAUCGGAGGACUAGCCCAACAUGGUCACGCGAAAGAGGCGCUUCAUUUAUUUGGUGAGAUGUUGAAAGAUAGUGUAUCUCCAAAUCACAUAACAUUAGUUAGUGUCCUUUAUGCAUGUAACCAUGCUGGCUUAGUUGCAGAGGCCAAGAAGUAUUUCGAAACAAUGAAAGACUCGUUUGGUAUUGAACCAACUCAAGAGCAUUAUGCAUGCAUGAUUGAUGUCCUGGGCCGAGCAGGGAAGUUAGAUGAUGCUAUUGAUCUCGUAAAUAAGAUGCCUUUUGAAGCCAAUGCAUCUGUCUGGGGUGCACUUCUUGGUGCUGCAAGAAUCCACAAGAAUGUAGAGGUAGGGCAACAUGCUGCUGAGAUGCUUUUUGAUCUUCAACCAGAGAAGUCUGGUACUCACGUUCUUCUUGCAAAUAUUUAUGCAUCAGUUGGGUUGUGGGGAGAUGUCGCAAAAGUAAGAAGACUCAUGAAGGACAGUAGAGUAAAAAAGGAACCUGGUAUGAGUUGGAUUGAAGUCAAAGAUAGUGUUCACACAUUUAUAGUUGGAGACAGAAAUCACUUGCGAAGUGAUGAAAUAUAUGCCAAACUGGAGGAGUUGGGACAGCUAAUGGCUAAAGCUGGUUAUGUUCCUAUGGUAGAUACUGAUCUGCACGAUGUAGAGAAGAGACAAAAGGAGAUUCUUCUCUCCUAUCAUAGUGAGAAACUAGCUGUUGCAUUUGGGCUGAUUGCUACACCUCCUGGUGCUCCUAUUAGAGUGAAGAAGAACCUUCGGAUUUGCUUGGACUGCCAUACAGCAUUCAAGUUCAUUUGUAAAAUUGUCUCUAGGGAGAUCAUUAUUAGAGAUAUUAACCGGUUCCACCAUUUCAAAGGCGGAUCUUGUUCAUGUGGUGAUUACUGGUGAUACUUGAAGGCAUACCACAGUCUAUCUGGCUGCUAGGUGAUACUUGAAGGUGUACCACUGUCUAUCUGGUCACAAGAUCUUGCUAAUGAGCAAGUCUGCAAAUAUUAAUUCCUUUGAAGCUGAUAAUAGAAUGGCGCUGUUCCUUGUGUGGGUGAGGACUUGCUGAUUGACUAUGCUGACUGGGAGGGACCCAAGUGAUCAUAGAGCUGGAGUGUUGCUCCAGCUGACUUUGUUUUGUGGACCUAAUGGUAUAGGAGACCUUGUCCCAGGCUUUUCAGUUUCGUGAUUGGCUUCAUCUUGCUGGUUGCUCCAUUUGGCUGGUUCAACUUCAAUUGCUCUUUUUUUAUUUCUUGGAAGAUAUUAUACUUAUUGUACUUUUCUGUACUAAUAUUGGCCAUAAGUAAUUAAAAGAAGAGAGAAAAAAAAAACACUUUCCGUCUGGUUGUGACAUUGUGGUUGCAAGCUUGUAAUUCUAUAAUGGUUACUGUGCCAGCAUAACUUUUUUAUGUCAAUAGUUUUUUACCUCUUUUUUAUGGUAGCAAGGAACAUACAUAGUUCUAAGAAUUUUUCGGGUGAGAGCUCUAAAUGCUCUGUUCAUUUCGAUGGAUUAAAAAGCCAAGUAGCAAGAGACCUGAGACGGGGUCUUAUAUCAUGAUAGUUAUAGUGACAUUCUGUCUGCUUUUUCUUUCCCAUAAAGUUAAUACAGUUGCAAAUCUGCAAUUUUGCUCUCGGACUUUGUCUUAUUUUAAUUUUAUCAGGGUAGAGGCCGAGUCAUUGAGACAUUUGUCAGCUAAGUAUUGUCCACUGUUGCCUCCGCCUAGGUUUGCUAUUGCAGGGGCAUUCAGUCCUGAUGGGAAACCACUUGCUUCUACUCAGUCAGUCUCUCUUUGAAUACGUAAACAUGUACAAGUAUCUGUCAUGUUAUGCAUUUUAGUGCCCUGCUGGAUAAUUUGACCCAAUUUAUGACUUCUCCCCUCAGAUAUGAAACUGUUUAUCUAAUAUGCCAAGUAAUCAUUAAAUACACAUUUCUGAAGCCUCAGUCACUAUAUUCGUAUCUUAAAGAAAGAAAAAAAUAGAAUCCUUUGUAAAUACUUGUGAAUUGAGAUUCAAAGGCAAAUGCUCCACUUCUAUUUCAUUGAGCAAUAUUUUUUUUUGACAUACGUUGUUACCAUGGUGGCAGUGCAGAUCUCACGGUAAAGAUAAUUGAUGGCCAAAGUGGGAAGUGCUUAAGGUGUUAAGUGGACAUCACAGGACUCCUUGGGUGGUUCGUUUCCAUCUAUUGUACUCUAAGAUACUUGCAAGGGGAAGUUUGGAUCAUGAAGUUCGUUUAUGGGAUGCAAAAACUGCCGAGUGUAUAGGAUCACAUGAUUUUUGUCAAUGAUCUGGACUCAUCGGAUUCUUCAAUGACGCUUGCAACUUCUCCUAGUAACUUGCGGUACCCUCCUCCUACUGUGUAUUUGACGGAUGCUCACUCCACAUAUCGAUCUGCUUCAGCAUUUGAACUGUCUAUCAUGUCUCUACCAUUCAUGAUCUGGCCAUCAAUAGCUAGAGAAAAUUCAGACUUAUUUACAACAACAACAACAACAAGCCCAGUAUAGUCCCACCAUGUGGGGUCUGGGGAGGGUAGAGUGUACGCAGACCUAACCCCCACCUUGAAAGGUAGGGCGGCUAUUUCCGAAAGAUCCUCGGCUCAAGAGAGGAGAACAAGAGAGGAAAAACAAGACAAAAGAUGCCAGUGGUCCCUUUACAAAGACCCGAGGAGAUGCAUAUCGCAAACCCUUCAUGGAUGCAAACCACCUCAGGAUACGAAGACUUGAAUGAUGAACAGGGAGUUCCCACAUUGAUACCAUGGACCUAUGAUGGCAAAGAAGUCGCUGUGGAGGGAUCAUGGGAUAAUUGGAAAUCUAAGUUUGAACCAUUUGCAAAGAUCUGAGAAAGAUUUCACCAUUUUGAAGGUGCUUUCUUCUGGAGUUUACCAGUAUAGGUUUAUAGUUGAUGGACAAUGCAGGUGUUCCCCUGACUUGCCAUGCGUCCAGGAUGAAGUAGAAAAUACUUACAACAUUUUGGAUGUGAAGGAUUAUGUACCAGAAGAUAUCGAAAGCAUUUCUGGUUUUGAACCUCCUCAGUCCCCAGAUUGCAGUUACAGUAACUUGCAACUUGGAGCAGAGGACUACACCUAGGAGCCACCUUUAGUUCUGCCUCAUCUACAGAUGACUUUGCUUAAUGUUCCAUCAAUCACAUGGAAAUUCCACCUCCUUUGUCAAGACCUCAACAUGUGGUACUUAACCACCUCUACAUGCAGAAGAGCAAGAAUACCCCGUCUGUGGUAGCACUCGGUUCAACUAAUCGAUUCCUCUCCAAAUAUGUGACAAUCAUACUUUACAAGUCCAUACAGAGGUGAACACCUAUCUGGAUGACAAAUUAUUACAAGUCAGGUCUCAACUAUUGGCCACUCACGAAAAGCAAAGUGGGAUGUGUCGACAUCAAAUUCUCUACUGUCAAUUUACCUGUAAUCACUUAUACUUAUUUGCAGAUACAACAUCUAAUGGAGUAGAGUUGUCAUGGCCACACGAAAAAUAACACGGUUGAAAGAGAGAAACUAUGGUUGUUGUACUCUUGAGGAGUCUCAAAGUUGUGCUGGAAUCUAGAGUUUAGUAGAUAGGAUGUUUAAGGUUUUAAUGGAAUUCUGUGAACCAUAUUCUUGUUUUCCUUCCCAAUUGGCCAUUGGAGAAUUGAAUUAAAAUUUUGGCUUUAGUUUUAUUGAAUGAUAAUCAAAGGAAGUGAAGUGGAGAAACAGUGUUGUGGAAACAA